CCACAAUCCAAACCAUCCAAACAUGCAGUGACGCACGACUUCCUGGGACGAACUCCGGAAGUUCUCUUUCUACCAAUGAGAGCCUCCUAAAACUGUUACUGCUCGUAGCCACGAUCCACCUUUGAACACAUAACUUAGGGCGUUCAUCGAAGCGUUCGUGCAAGCCACUUAACUGCAACCCUAAACUUAGUGCACUAACGCGUUAGUGCAACACUUGCCAAGUGUUACACUUAGGAAGGUUUCGUGCAAGCGGGCUGGCUACUUUAGUACUUUUCGGUUCCCGACUACAUUGGCUACAUUUUGCGUUAGCGAGUUGGCAACCCUGUUCACUGUUAAAUGGAAUUUCAGGAAAGGUCAUGGAGCCACUGGCUUCGGCUCAUUGUAGGAGGUGUCUUCCUUCCCAUACUCUUUCCAUAUGUCGUUUAUAAGCUGUACAGGCUGAAAUCUCUCAGGCCGGAUUGUCUUCGUGACAAGGUCGUCCUCAUUACUGGCGCAAGUUCGGGACUCGGUGAAGCCCUUGCUUACAAGUUUCAUGAGGCAGGCUGCAAGGUUAUAUUGGCCUCAAGGAGACUGGAACAACUGGAAAGAGUGAAAAGGAAUAUCAUGAGUCAGACGACCACAAACAACGCACCGUCUAUACUUGAACUGGAUUUGGCGGAUCUCAAAGCAAUACCUGCCAAGGCAGAGGAAGCUCUGGGCAUCCACGGACGCAUCGACAUCCUCAUCAAUAAUGGAGGCAUUAGCACUCGCGGUGACGUUCUCGAGACUGAUAUCCAAGUUCACGUCAAGGUCAUGAUGGUGAAUUAUUUUGGCCAAGUCGCUCUCACCAAAGCUAUUCUUCCAAGCAUGAUUGACAGGAAGGACGGCAGUAUCGUGGCCAUCAGUAGCGUACAAGGAAAAAUUGGUAUUCCCUCACGUUCCGCUUACAGCGCAUCGAAGCACGCCACUCAGGCGUUUUACGACUGCCUUUUAUCCGAAGUUUCCCACUCCAAUGUCCAUGUGUGCGUCAUAUCACCUGGCUACAUCAGAACAAAUUUGUCUAUCAAUGCACUCACAGGCAGUGGCACCACCUAUGGGGUUAUGGAUGAGACAACUGCCAAUGGAAUGGAACCGAAGGAGGUUGCAGAUGCCGUCAUCGAGGCCGUAGUUAAUCGAAGAUGGGACGUCAUUCUGGCAACCUUGGCACCACGACUGGUCAUUGUGUUACGUGUCCUUUUUCCUUGGCUCUAUUUUAUAAUUAUGAUUAGCAGGGCAAAGAGGUUACGCCAAAAUUCUGUUCGGACGUGAUUGCAUAAAUAACAGGUAGAGACUGUGUACAUUCGAGAAACAGACUUUGUAUUAAAAAAAAACCUUGGUUGCA